UCCUGCGGGGGCGGUGCCCGGGCGCAAGAUGGCCGCGCCCAGCAAGCUCAGGGUGAGCGGAGCCCAGCACGGGGCCCGGGCCGUGUGAGCGCCGGGCGUGGGGCGGCCGGGGGCGGCAGCGCCCAAAGGCACCGUGUGGGGCAGCCCCCAAGCUGGGGAGCCCCCCCAACCCCUGCCCAGGGAGCCCCCUGCAUCCAGCCCCCCAACUCCUGCCUGGGGAGUUCCUUCUACACCAGCCCCCCAACCCCACUGCCCCAUCCUGCCACCUGCCCACUAGCCCUCCAUCCCCCACCUAGGGCAGCCUGUGCCCCCAACAACCGGCCCCCCGUUCCCUCUUCCCCCUUGCCUUGUGGGCAGUUACCCCCUCUCUCCCCGUCAGGGCACCCUGCACCCCAGCUCCUGUGGGCAGCCAGCCCCCCUCCCGGGCUCCCAGCUGUGCUGCGGGGUGCUGGCCCAAAGGGCUGGGGAGUGGGGACACGAGCUCAGCCCAGCUCCGUGCAGGCGUCAGACCCUGCUGGGUGUCAUGUGCGUAGGGUCCCCGGGGCAGGGGGCAGCUGGGUGUGCUCUGACUGGGGAACCCGCGGGCACCUGCUGAUCCCAAACUCUCCAGGUCUUUCCUCCUCGGACUGGAGGCAGGGAUUUGAGGGUGGGUUAGAGGGCGGUUACACCCCUGCAUCCCCGGGCCAGGCGGCACGGCCUGCGGGGUGAUGGGGAACGUGCUGGCACCAGUGCUCGACUUGCACAGACCUUUGCGCCGGGAGGAGCCGCUUACCAACCCAGGCAGCUUCGAUGAGCUCCACCGGAAAUGCAAAGAAGUCUUCCCCCAGCAGAUGGAAGGGGUGAAAUUGAUCAUCAACAAGGCCCUGAGCAGCCAUUUCCAGGUCACCCACACCAUUCACAUGAGCACAGUCGGCCAGUCCAGCUACCACUUCAACACCACCUAUGUAGGAGACCGGCAGCUUAGCCCCACCGAGACCUUCCCCAUGCUUGUCGGGGACAUCGACAGCUGCGGGAGCCUCAACGCUCAGGUGCUGCACCUGGUGGCAGAGCGGAUCCGCACCAAGGCCGUCUUCCAGACGCAACAGGCCCGGUUUGUGACGUGGCAGUUCGACGGGGAGCUCCGUGGCGAUGAUUACACGGCCACACUGACGCUGGGCAACCCCGAUGUGCUCAGCCAAUCAGUCAUUGUGGUGGCGCACUUCCUGCAGAGCGUGACCUCGCGGCUGGUGCUGGGCGGGGAGAUGGUGUAUCACCGGCGCCCGGGCGAGGAGGGCGCCAUCGUCACCCUGGCAGGGAAGUACACGGCUCUCAAGUGGGUGGCGACGCUGAACAUUGGUUAUGGCGGGGCCCAUGCCAGCUACUACCACAGAGCCAAUGAGCAGGUGCAGGUCGGGGUGGAGUUGGAGGCCAACACCCGACUGCAGGACACAACCUUCGCCUUUGGCUACCAGCUCAACCUGCCCCAGGCCAACAUGGUCUUCCGAGGUCUCCUGGACAGUAACUGGUGCGUGGGGGGCGUCCUGGAGAAGAAGCUGCCGCCUCUGCCCGUCACCCUGGCCCUGGGCGCCUUCCUCAACCACUGGAAGAACCGUUUCCACUGCGGCUUCAGCAUCAUCGUGGGCUGAGGGGGCAGUGCCCUCGCGGGGCUCCCUGCUCUCGCCUCAGCCGGUGGGGGCAGGGCAGAGCCUGGCGCCAAGUGGAUUCUGACUGGUUUGCUCGGGCGGGAGCAGGAUCCCAGCCGUGUGCGUGGGGCGGGGGCCUGCCCGCCGCCUUCCUGCCUCAGGGAGCCUUUGUGCCAUGGAGCCAGUGCCCUGCUGGGGCCGGCCUGCAGCUCAGCCUGCCCUGAGUGGCUGCUCUUGUGUUCAGAGGGCAUCUGAUACCUGGUGCCCUGGGGGGCACCUCUUCCCCUCCCCCCACCAAGCCCUUCUCUGCAGGCGGCUGAGCUGGGGAGGGGACGUCACAUGGGCAUCUCCCUCCCCUCCCCUGGGCAGCUGGCCGAGUCCCCCCCGGGGCUGCGUGGUGGAGGUGCUGCAUCUCCUCCUGCUCUGUGCCCUGGGCAGGGGGGGCCCUGUACUGUGGGGGAGUUCGGGGGGCCGCCCCUUUGUCUGAUGUUCUCACUCCGUGUACGAUGGCUUGGAACCUGAUUAAAGUGUUUGAGUUGAGGGGUGGCUGGAGUCAGUGGCUGGGGGAUAGUACUCGGUCCCCAUCACCCCCAGCUGCUCCAUCCUGCUGUCCCUACUCUGUCCCCCGGCUUCUGCUGGGGCUUGGCUGGGCUGGAUACUCCCUGGGAUCUCGCUCCCCAAGCUAGUUCUGUAGGGCUGUUUAGGGCUGGGCUGGGAGCUCUCUGCUUCCGGAGGAGCCCUUGCUGCAGGUUGGGAGAGGUUCAGUGAGAAAAGUAUAGAUGGGGUGAGACCCUCUCCAUGCCCAGGUCUGCCCCAUUGCUCAGGGCGUUAUUGCAUGAAGCACCUUUAAAAGUGAGGGGGACUCCCCCUGAGCUGUGAGCAGUAUGGGGCCUUGGAUACACAGCUGGAUGCACUGAGCCUCCCCCUAGAGGGCAGCAGCACUACGCCACGUUGGCUCCAGCCCAUGCAAGGCAUCUCGGUUGGGGCUGCACCGUGCUCCUCGCUGGAAGGGCAGGAUCCUAAGGAGGCGUGGUGAUUUCCCAGAGAGCUGGCAGGGCCAGGGAGGAUGGGCAGGGACAUGAGUGGGGGGUGAUGUGCUUGGGAUGCCUGGGGGGCUGGGCACAGUGCAGGAGCUCCCCCCACAGCUCACAUUUCCCCCCCCUUGGGCCUAGAACAUCCCCUCUGUCCACACAUGCCCAUGUUAACCUUAACCCCCCCUGCCCUCCCCUCCCCCAUGGGCGGGAGGAGCCACGUGUGCAAGGGGGCGUCUUUCUCCAGCACGCUGGGCACUCCUGUUGGGCUUCACAUAAAACCCAGCCUGGCCGCCACCCUGUCCUCUCUCCCACUCAUUCGAUUUCUGUUCCUUCCAGCCUCAUCCAGCUGGGGGCGCCACCCCCCCUCCCCUGGCACAGCCCACCCCAUGGAGCCAGGAGAACAGGUGCACUGGAGCCCAGCACCACUAACCCACUCAUAGAACAGGGGGGUUGUACGUUUCCUCCCAGCCUGGAGCAGAGACUCU